AUGGCUACACGUUUCAGAAUAGCUGAAGGUGACAGAUUUCUCGGUCAAGUAACCAACUUGGCCCACAUUGCCAAUGCAAACAAGAUUGUCAAAGAGAAGCUCACACCAACGCAGUUGGCCAUGUUCAAAAGAACAGUUUUUAGGCGAUUUGUUGACGUUGAUAUGGUGUUCAACAGCUCAAUUAUCCAUCACAUGUUGCUCAGAGAAGUGAAGAGGACAAUUUUUAAUGUUCUUCCUGUACAAAUCUUGAAAUUUUGGGAAGACUUUAUCACUGUUGGUGGAUUUUUUAUUCUCCCCCAGGCACGAGCAGGAAAACUUCCUGAGAAAGGUGUGAAAGUUGUUGGAGCAUUAUUAGGAUGGACAACAACCCUCCUCUUUAUGUGGAUGCUAGUUUCGCAAAUGUGGACUAAUUAUCUGAAUCCUGAGAACAUUAAAGGCUUAUCAGCUCUCACAAUGCUUUUUGCCCUGAUUGGAAAUGGUCUUGUACUUCCACGAGCGUUAUUCAUUUGA